AUGCUGGAGAUGGAGGAAGGUGAUGAAACUCUCUUUUCACGUUUAGUUUUUAGUGACGAAGCGAAUUGCCAUUUGAGAGGCACAGUCAAUCGUCACAAUGUGCGCAUUUGGGGAACAGAGCACCCACAUGAAACUGUUGAGCAUGAAAGAGAUUCCCCUAAACCGGAAGACGACCACCAAUUUCUUCGUUUUUCUCAUCAUUGUCAACCUUUUCAGAAGCGUGAUUCUGUUUUUUGUCUUUUUUUUCACCUUUACUUUGUUCUUUUCGACGUUCUUCUUUCUUUUCUCUUUUGCUCAUUUUCUUCACUUUUUUUGCUGAAUCCUCCUCCUCCUCCUCCUCUUCCUCCUCCUCCUCAGUUUUAUUUUUCUCAAACUUUGUCAAUUGAUAUAAAAGAAUGGGAGAACCAUGUGAACCAGUUGAUGACAUUUUUUUUCAAAGACAGACAUUGGACCACAAGAGAAUUCCAUGAUUUACUCAAUGAGAAAGAGCCACAAAAUAUACAAAAGAAAGUUUUUGAAGUUGGAUGUGGAGUUGGCAACUUUUUAUUUCCUUUAAUUGAAGAAACAAAUUUAUUUUUCUAUGCUUGCGAUUUUUCCAAACGAGCUGUAGAUUUUGUGAAGGAGAAUGAGAAAUAUGAUGAUUCUAGAUGCAAAGUUUUUGUUUGUGAUAUCACUCAAGAUGACCCAACAGAAAAUAUUCCUUCCCACUCAGUGGACAUUGUCACUCUUAUCUUUGUCUUGUCAGCUAUCCAUCCAGACAAAAUGCUAAUAGCAUUGAAAAAUCUUAAAAAGGUGUUAAAAGCCGAUGGUUGUUUGUUAAUUCGAGAUUAUGGUCUUUAUGACUAUGCCAUGUUACGCUUUGCCCCUGGACACAAACUUGCAGAUCAUUUUUAUGUACGUCAAGAUGGAACAAGAGCUUACUAUUUCUCAACGGAAUUCCUGUCAGUUUUGAUGCAAAAUGCUGGCUUUCAAGUGUGUCAUUUGAAUUAUGUGAAGAGAGACACAAUAAAUAAAAAGGAAGGAAUCUGUGUCCCACGGAUUUUUGUUCAGGGAAAAUGUUUGGUGAAAAACUCUUGA